AUGGCAUCAGAAGCAGUCAAUGUGUUGCGGUGGUUAGCCGGAGGGCUCGGUGUUUUCUACGGGUUCACCCAUCAGCGAUCGCUAUCCGCACAAGAUAGAGCCGCGGCUCUUCAGCGGGAAUACCAGAAGAAGGAGCAGUUGAUAUCACAGGCCAAACAGGAAUACGCGGUUCACACCGGAAAGGCACCAAGGAAUAACAAACCGAAAAUGGACGAGAUCGAGGCAUAUUUGACCGGGCAGUUAGAAUGA